AAAAAAAAAAAAAAGGGGAAAAAAAAAAAUGUCUGCAGCUUUCUGUUGACCCUGCAUGAUGGCAUUUUUGCGCUCUGUGUGCUGCCUCUGCUGAUUGCUAUUCCUGGCACAAACACACACACACACGCGCGCGCACACACACACACACACACGCAGCCCCAGCACAGCUCACACGGGCACGGCGAGCCCACUCCAAAAAAAAAAAAAAAAAAAUUAAAAAAAUUUUAAAAAAAUUAAAAAUCCCCCCCCCCAACCCCCCCCCAACCCCCCAACCAUCCCCAAAGCAAACCGGUGCCGUUGCCCGUCGGCAUCCCUGGCCACCCUGGUCUCUGCAGGGAGAGCCACCAGCACCCGCUGCCGCUCGCCCUCUCCUGCACCCCACUUCUCACCUCGUCCCCAGCUCCAGUGAGCACUUUCUGCCGGAGCCGCCCGCAGCCAGAGCCCUCCACCACUCCUACCGCUGGCAUUACAUUUUCAGGCUGGAUGCUAUAGGGCCGUUUCUAAUUACCUUAUAUCCCCUAGUGGUCUAUGAAUAAUGGUUAGUGAAGGAGCUCAGAAGGGCUGCUGAGAAGGGAAGCAAAAAAAAAAAAAAAAAAAAAAAAAAAAAGAGAAAAAAAAGGGAGAAUUGUGCUAUUUCUCACAUUUUUUUUUCUAAGGAUCUAAUCUGGCUACUGUGCUCUGGAAGAGGAGGAGAGCGAGCCAGCAGGAGAGAGAGGAGAGAGCGAGGACCAUCGCAGAUAACGAGCCCGCGCCAUGCAGUCCUUUCGAGAAAGGUGUGGUUUCCAUGGCAACCAGCAGAGCUACCAGCCGACUUCACAAGAUACAUCACGCCUGGAGAAUUACAGGCAUCAAAGUCAGGCAGGGCCGAACUGCGAGCGGCAGAGGCUGGUGGCGAAGGAGUACUACAGUCAGCAGCAACUGCCGUACUCCGGCUACGAGAACAGCGCCGUGGAGAAAUACCACCGGGGAAAUAAGCAAUUAGCCGGGCAGCAGCUGCAAGGCAGGCCGGCCUUUUCCAAUUACGCCGUGCAGGAGAACAGCCCCUACCCGGCCCGUUAUUCGGGGGACGAGAGCCUGCAGGCGUGGGGCGGCCAGCCGCAGGCACUGCCCGGCGGCGUGGCCAAGUAUGAGGACAGCCUGAUGAAGAAGACGGCGGCGUUGGCGGGUGGGAGGCCGUACCACGAGCCGGCGGCCGCCUCGCUGCCCUUCCGGACUCACUUUCAGCAGCAGCAGCAGCAGCAGCAACAGCAGCAGCAGCAGCAGCAGCAGCAGCAGCAGCAGCCGCCGCCGCCGGCGCUCCCCUACCCCAAGCUGCAGCGGCAGAAGCUGCCGAACGACGUCUCCUCGCCCAUGCCCUUCUCGCAGAGCCCCCAUUUCGGGCAGCACUCGCAGUCCUUCCCCGCCUCCUCCACCUACUCCUCGGUGCCGGGGGGCAGCCAGCCGGCACACUCCUACAAGAGCUGUACGGCACCCUCGGGGCAGCCGCCGCUGGAGCGGCCCCUGGGCAGCGCCGCCAGCCUGGCCCCCGGCCCCCGCGUGCCCAACCUGCACGGCUACCAGCCCAACCGCAUCGGCUACGAGCAGCCCCAGCAGCCCCCGCAACCGCAGCCCCCGCAACCGCAGCCGCCGCAGCCCCCGCAGCCGCCGCAGCCCCCGCAGCCGCCGCAGCCCUUGCCGGGGAGGCAUCACGCCCCGGAGACCCUUCACUACCAAAAUCUGGCCAAGUAUCAACAUUACAACCAGCCGGGCCAGACCUACUGCCAGGGCGACGCGCCGCCCGUCCGGACGCCGGAGCAAUACUACCAGACCUUCAGCCCCAGCGCCAGCCACUCGCCAGCUCGCUCCGUCGGCAGGUCCCCGUCCUACAGCUCCACUCCCUCCCCGCUGAUGCCCAACCUGGAGAAUUUCCAGUACAGCCAGCAGCCGCUGAGCGCCGGCGCCUUCCCGGCCGGCAUCGCCGACCACAGCCAUUUCAUGCCGCUGCUGAACCCUUCUCCCACCGACGGGACGAGCCCUGACGCUCAAGCCGGGAACUGCAAAAACUUGCAGAAGGAGAAGCUGCCUGAAAACCUGCUGUCAGACCUGAGCCUGCAGAGCCUGACGGCGCUCACCUCCCAGGUGGAGAACAUCUCCAACACCGUCCAGCAGCUGCUGCUCUCCAAAGCGGCCGUACCCCAGAAAAAGGGCAUCAAGACCCCGGCAAGGACCCCUGAGCAGCUCAAGGGACAGCACUGCAGCCCCGAGAGCAGCACCUACUCAGCAGAGCAGGUGGGGACCCCCCUGUCCGACCCGCUGAGCACCCCCCAGUCCGUCCAUGCCGAGACGCAGGACACCGACUAUCUCAGCGGGUCGGAGGACCAGCUGGAGAGGAGUUUCCUCUACUGCAACCAGAACCGCAGCCCUGCCCGCGUCAACAGCAACUCCAAGGCGAAGCCCGAGUCGGUGUCCACUUGCUCCGUGACCUCCCCGGACGACAUGUCCACCAAAUCGGACGACUCCUUCCAGAGCAUCCACGCCAGCCUGCCCCUGGAGACCUUCACCAAGUACGUGACCAACGAACGGGAUUGUCCCCGGCUGCUCCUCAGCGCCCUGUCCCAGGAGGAGCUGGCUUCCGAGAUCAUCGUCCUGCAGGAUGCCAUCAGCGAGAAAGCGGACAAAGCCUGGGCCAACUCACCCAUGCUGAGCAAGGAGGCCACCAAGUCCCCCUUCCAGCUGGAGAACCACCGGCCCUGCCUGGACUCCAUGGUGAAGGGCACCUGGCCCAGCCAGGGUGACUCCAGCACACUCACCGAGCCCCUCAAGCUGGACAAGGCUUCAGGGGCCAGCACGGGGAAGGACUUUGGCGAGGAGGUGUACGAGGGUCCCCAGGUGGAGUUCACGGCCACCGAGACCAAGGACGCCCUGAAGGACGCUGCCCCACUGGCCUUCAACUCCAAGCCCAGCAUCCCGGCGGCGACGUCGAGCGCGGGAGCCGCCGGCUACAGCUGCUACUCGAACACCACCGCCAACUCGGUGGCAUCUGAAAACGCCAUGGAGCAGUUCGAAUGGCCGGAGGAGAGCCUGGGCGAGGCGUGCCUGCGGUGGAAGGAGCUGCAAGCCGCCGACCUCCCCAAGGGCUUGUUCCCCAGCAAGUUGGUGGGCUCCUGCAAGGAGAAAAAAAAUGCCUGCAGCUUGGAUCUGUGUGAUGGCGAGCAGCCGGCCAAGAGCGAGCCGGCCCGGGACUUUGGCCAGCAGGCGAUGGAGGAGGAGGAGGAGGAGGAGACGCUGACCUACGACGAAGCGGCAAAGGCAGAUAGCGAGAGGUGGCUGCAGGACACUCGGCACUGCUGCUCAGCUGGGGACUUCAGCGAAAUCCCCAUCAUCUCCUCGCCGGAGCUGAAGGAGUCGGACCUGGAGGCGGAGGAGUACUCCUCGCUCUGCGAGCUGGCCAGCUCGGAGCAGAAGUCGGUGACGUACGAUGCCUCACCGCCCAAGCCCCCCGAGAUGCCCGCCGUGCUGUCCUCCAGCGAGGUGCCCGUGUCGGCCGAGGAGACCGUCAGCACGGUGGAGAAGGAUUGCUCGGCUCCCGCCACGCGUCUCUCCGGUCAAUCCGUCAUCCUGCUGGGCCCCGCCGUGGGCACAGAGACCAAGGUGAAGAGCUGGUUCAAGUCCUCCCUGCCCCACAUCCAGCCCGAGGAGGAGAGCGGCGGAGGGGAGACGUCCCACCGGGACGCAGCCGAUGCCGAAUCCGCCCCGUCGGUCGCGGUGAAGCAGCAACUCGCCCCCGAAAAUGUGCUGGGGAAGACGGAGCCUGUCUCGCGGGGCAAGAGUCUCCGCAACAAGAGGGUCCACUGCCGGUUGCCGGAGGCGGAUGGCCCCGGCAGCGCCGUGCCGAGCCCCUUCGAUGACCUGCCGGCAGCCGGCGGCAUGGCCAGCGCCUGCCUCGGGCCAGACAGCCAAGCGGAGAUACCGAGCAAGAACGCCCACAGCCAAACGCCCCGCUUUCCAGCCGAGGGUCUGCCGGCACGCAUGUGCACCCGCUCCUUCACCGCCCUCGCCGAGCCCCGCGCCCCGGCCCCGCUGGAGGGGCUGAAGGUCCCCGCGCACCAGGAGAAGCUGGGGAAGAAGCCCGCCUGCGGCGUGAAGCAGCGGGUGGCUUUCAAAGCCAGGAAGCGCAGCAGCCGGCCGGCCCCCAAGGUGGUCCAAAACGCCAGCGACGGCACCCUCCUGGUGCCCGGCUUGGUGGUGACGGAGGAGGUGGCAGGGCCGACGCUGGCGGAGGGGGACACGGUGGAGGCGGGGGAGAGGGACCAGCGGUCGAUGAUCUUGCGCUCCCGGACGAAGACGCAGGAGGUUUUCUACACCAAGAGGCGGCGGGGCAAGCGGGCGGCCGACGUGCGGCUGAAGAACUGCAAGGCGCCCAAGAAGCUCAUCGCCAACAACCACCUCCCGCCCGCCUUCAAGCUGGCGGCUCCGGGCAGCCCCCACAAAGAGGGCAAGGUGGGUGCCCGGAUGAAGCUGCCCAAAGCGGGGCCGGGCGUGGGGGGCAAGAUGUCCGAGCGGCCCCUUCAUUCGCUGAAGAGGAAGUCCACUUUUAUCUCCCCCAUCCCUGCCAAGAAGAGGAACCUGGUCCUGCGGAGCAACAGCGGCGGCGGGAAAGAGGAGAAGCCAGAGGCACCCCCCAGCCUCUUCAAGAAGAUGCCCGUGGCCAAGAAGGUGAAAGCCAAGCUGCCCCCCAAGAGCUCCAGCGAAGCCGUCCCAAAGCCUCCCCCGCCGAAGGAGGCCCCCGAUGUCUGCAUCAAGAUCACCUCCCGGGCAGCCUUCCAGGAGGCCACCAAGACCAAAGUGCUGCCUCCCCGCAAGGGCCGCGGCCUCAAGCUGGAGGCCAUCGUCCAGAAGAUCACCUCGCCCAACCUGAAGAAGUUCGCCUGCAAACCGGCGGCCACGGCGGCGGCGGCGGCCACGGCGGCUGCCUACGGCACCUCCCCGAGCCCGGCGGGAGCAGAGCGGGAGCGGGCGGUGAAACACAGCGGGGUGGCCCCGGCGGCGGGCGACGCGCGGCUGCCCAAGCCGGCGGCGGCGCAGAAAACGCCCGCCGUGCCGGCGGCCGAGCAGCUCUGCCGGAACCCCAACGGCCGAGCGCCCAAGGGGAAGUUGGGCGGCGGGAAGAAACUCGCCGCCGAUGGCUGCCAGGGCGAGGUCUGUGCGCCGGCCCCGGGGGUCCAGCCCGGCUCCGCCGUGGCAGCCAAAAGCCUGGGGCUGCUGCCCAAGAAGAGGAACCGCAAGGGCAAAGCGGCCACGUUGGGCAUGGCCAAGGUGCCCCUCGGCCCCGCGCCGCCGCCGCCGCCGCUGCCCCGGGAGCGUGCGGCCGGCCCGGGCGGCGGGGAGGAGGUGCCACGGGAGGGCAAGAAACCAAAGAGCGAGGAGAAAGAGGCGGGGGGCGGCGAGGCCCCCCCUGAGGGACGCCCCGCUGCCGGGCCGGCGCGGGGACCGAAGCCGCGGGCCAACCACUCCAACUACAAUGGCUACUCCAAGCGGCAGCGGAAGCGUCUGGCCCACGGCAAGGCCAAGGCGGUGCCGGCGCGGUGCAAGAGCCGCGGCAAGCGGCGGCGGCAAGCCCAGCAGGCCCCUCUCCUGCACCCCGCCGAGCCCGAGAUCCGGCUGAAGUACAUCUCCUGCAAGCGGCUGCGGGCGGACAGCCGGGCCCCCCCCUUCGCUCCCUACGUCCGCGUGGAACGGCGCGGCGAGUUCACCACCGCCUGCACCGUCGUCAACUCGCCCGGCGACGAGGCCCGGCUGCAACGGGGGCCGAGCGGGCCGGCGCCGCGACCGCGGGCAGCCCUGCCCGCCUCCUCCACCAUGCACAUGGGGCCGGUGGUGUCGAAGGCGCUGAGCGCCGCCUGCCUGGUCUGCUGCCUGUGCCGCAACCCCGCCAACUACAAGGACCUGGGGGACCUCUGCGGGCCCUACUACCCCGAGGACUGCCUGCCCAAGAAGAAGUCGCGGCUGAAGGAAAAAGCCAGGGCGGAGGGGCCGGGCGAGGAUGCCGUCCCCCCCGCCGCGGCCGAGCGGGCGCCCCGAGGGACGGAGGGUGGCUGCGGCGCCAAGGCGGUGCGGCCGGAGGGCGCGGCCGAGGCGGCCAAGCAGAGCACCCUGCGCUCCAGCCCGCGGGGCAUGUUCCGUAGGCUGCAGAGCUGCUACUGCUGUGACGAGAGGACAGAGGGCGAGGAGGCGGCCGAAAAGCCCCGGCGGCACGAAUGUCACAAGGCCGAGUCCCCGCCGCAGGAGCCGGCGGGCGACACGCAGGAGCACUGGCUGCACGAGGCUUGUGCCGUAUGGACCGCUGGGGUUUUCCUGGUGGCGGGGAAGCUCUACGGGCUGCAGGAGGCCGUCAGAGCGGCUGCCGACCUGAAGUGCUCGAGCUGCCAGCAAGCGGGAGCCACCGUGGGCUGCUGCCAGAAGGGGUGUCCCCACACCUACCACUACGCGUGUGCCGUCGACACAGGUUGCUUAUUAACCGAAGAGAGCUUCUCUCUGAAAUGUCCCAAACAUAAGAGGCAGCCGCUGUAGCUCCCCGCGGGCCGCCAGCGAGGGACCGGCGGAGGAGGCAGCGCCCCGGGAGCGGGGUCGAGCCGUACCGUCCCGGGAACCGUCCCGCUGUAUUGGGGCGCAGCGCUGUCACCCCGUGUCCCCGUCCCCCUCAAAGCCCCGAGCCCAUUCCGGGCGGGGGGGGGGGGGGGGGCAGAGCCAGCGCCGGGUUUUCCCCCCCACCACCACCAUCAUCCCCGCCGGGCUCCGGCAAAACCCGGCCUGGAUCCAACGGGAGACGGAACGGGAUCACCCGGCCCGCGAUCGCUGCACAGGGGGGAGGGGGGAGGGAUGGCGGGGGGUGGGGUGGGGGGGGGGGAAGGGUAAAAGGGGGGGGUCCCGGCGAUGUUGUCUUACUGUGGGGCCGCCGGAACCCCCCCGUGGGUCCCGGCUCUCCAUAUCUCACACUGAUCUGAUCUGAGAUGUUGCCUUCAGCAAACCUCACGGUGUCUGUAUAUACUUGCGACGGAGAAAAAGGAAAAAGAAAAAAAAAAAAAAAAACAAAACAAAAAAAAAGAGAGACAAAAAAAAGACAAAAAAAAAGGAGGGAAAAAAAAAAAAAAAAAGAGACAAACAACGGCCUGCUGUUUGAAACACCACUCUGCUUUUUCCGUUUUGUUCUUCCAUCUCCUGCCUUCCCCCACCCCGCGCCCACCCUGCCUGUCUCGGGGUGCCAGCCGGGUCCCCACCGGGGUGAAGGGUGCUUGGCUGGGCUGGUGGGCACCCCCAACCCCGCUCCCACCCUCCGAACCCCGGCCCAUUGCACCCACCACCCUCCUGCCCCACGGGGUGCUGGCGCUGCUGGGACGGGGCCACCCGAUCCUGCUCUCCGGGCCCCCAAAAUUCACCCUCCUCCCUCUGCUCGGCCUCGCCAGCACCUCCUCUGCGGCUGUGCUUGCUGGGGACGGGCUUUGCUCCCUCUGCUUGUGCAAAACCCCAGGGCUCUGGGUGCUGAACCCCAGGGUUUUAGCUUGGUGCAGGAGGGUGCAAGCAGCCCAGAAAUGCCUUCCAGCUGGCGGCAGGGUCCUUGCUGGAGGAAGAGGAGGAAUUUGCUUCCUCCCUCUGCAUGGCCCUGGCUCGCCCCUCGCUGCGCUGGGUUUGCUCAGCUCCCUCGGCCCCUUCCCAGGGGCCUCGGUGGAGCUGGAGUGGGGGGGGGGGGGGGGGGGGCUCCCCAGCGGUGGGAUCACCCCCUGCCCGUGUCUCCGUGGGGUGCCCCACAUGACACAAUCCCCCCCCCCCCAAGUCUCUGCACACCCCAACCUCACACUCCCGCACCCCCUGGAGCAAAUAACCAACCCGGGGUGAAUCGACCCCCAAAUCCCAUCCUAAAAACAGAGCUGCCAGCUGCGCCCCCCCCACCCCCUCCCCUCACCUGCAAGGCAUCCUGCAAAGUGGGAGGGCACAGUGCUGGCCCCAUCCGUCCCCCCCCUCCCCGACCCCGCAAAGCCAGCUCCCCGUGUCCCCCGCCGGCUGUCGCGUCCCCUCCGUCCCACCCAAGCCCCUCACCCUCAAGGUUUGCUGGCCACAAAAUGUCUGUCGUUUCAGCAGCGUGCCUCGGACACGGGAGUGAAAAACCACAAAAAAAAAGAAGGGGGGGGGGGGGGGGGGAAGAGGGGAAAAAAAAAAAAAAAAAAAAAGAAAGAAUAAUAAAAAUAAUUAAUUUAAAGAAAAAAAAAAAUCCCAGUGUCCCUGGCAGUGUUGCCUGAAAUCUGGCUAUUUUUAGUGACAUCUUGUACAUAUGACUGUAAAAUGGUAAACCGUGUGUAUUAUAUAUUGCCUCAUUAUAUAGUGUAUAUAUAUGUAUACAUAUACAUAUAUAUAAUAUAUAUGAAGACUGUAAAUGUUAAGACUAGUGUUCUUAUUAGUAUAUUGCUUCACACUGAAGAUUGUGUGUAACAAGCUGUUUCUAAAAGAUGUUUAUUUUCCUUAAGAGUAAAAAACAGGUCAUUGCAUUCAGAGCGUCAAUAAAGAUACAACGAUUGUUUUGGAAGUA